UUAAGAUGGACUGGUUCUGUCAAACAAAAAGAUGAUAUAUAAUUGUGUGUCUAGAUGUUGAAGAGCAGGGGAAUGAAGAGAAAACACUCGACUACGAUGGACACAGAUGGACGAGAGCCUACAGAUUCUGAAGAGCAGGGGAAUGAAGAGAAAACACCGACCUCGACUACGAUGGACACAGAUGGACGAGAGCCUAUGGGUACACUCCCACUCACAUUACCUACAUUUAUUGAAGUAGAUUUAGUUUUAACCAAGAGACAUUUAUGAAGGUCUGAACCAGGAAGGAGAACUCAUAGAUGCAGUUCAACAAUGGGAUUUAUGUGAAAUCACCAGAAAAGAAACGAUAACAUGAACUCUGUUAUAAAAUAUUUACUUUGGCCACAGUUCAACUCCAAUAUUAGCUCCAAUGUUAGCAGCAUGCUAGCUCACUAGGUUCACUUUGUGGUAGAGACCCUUUGCAUUACUCACUACACUGUUGAGUAGAGCUGUACUCACAUCAGAUUACAGAACAUUCCAGUUCACCUGCAGAGCAGCUGCCCUACACUCACCUCCCAUUACAGCCUACAUACCAAACGUUAUGUUUUACCUUUAAGACUCGUAUUUUACAGCCUUUUGAUCAUCAUCUGUGAUGUAAAAACCUAUGAUCUAUCUCUGUUUCCAUUACAUUACUUUGUAGUUAGGUAAUUUUGAAACAAGAGAGAGUUUGCAAGACUUGAUAGUCUACCAUGCUGUUGUCCUGUAACUAGAAAAAGUUCAGUGACAACUGACAAAAUGAGAUUCGACUCAAGGGCUUCUUGACUCAUGAUAACAUUAUUAUCUCCUUUCAGCAGGGUAGUAAAGGUGUUUAUCAACAGCAAGUUGAAAAUCACUUCUAAUGAAUGUAGCUGACAGUACAAUGAAAAAAAGUCCUGAUAACUAUGAAGAAGUGAAGCAGUGAUUAAACAGACUGAUGAUUAAUCAUGGCUGUUUACACCUGCUUAAGAAUGAAUUUACAGAUAUGCUGGAGUUGACUAUCCCCCACAUUCUCAACAUAACUUGUUACAUAACUUAUCACACUUAAUGUGUUUUGAGAUAUCUCUUCACUGCACUCCUCCUCAGAACCCGAGAUAAAGGUAAAUAGAAACCUGUUGUUCAGUUGUAUCAAAUACUUUUGAUUUCUACAUCAAGUAUAAAUACAACAGAUGCAUGAGACAGUCCCAGAGUCUCCUGCAGUCUGAUGUCAGGUGUCAGUGAACCUCAGUAUGCUGGAACCAUUUGACUGUUUUGUAUUGAAAUGUGACACAAAGCAUUUUUUCACAAUAUAAUUUGAAGUUGAUCAUAACUGUAUCUAGUUAGUGAUGAUUUGAAAUAUGUGCAGUAUUUUAACGCACUAAUGGAUUGCAUUUUAUAUAUUUUUUAAGAUGGACUGGUUCUGUCAAACAAAAAGAUGAUAUAUAAUUGUGUGUCUAGAUGUUGAAGAGCAGGGGAAUGAAGAGAAAACACUGACCUCGACUACGAUGGACACAGAUGGACGAGAGCCUACAGUCUUUUUCAACUUUCUCUCCAAACUUGGACUGAAGAAAUUUUAUCCCAACAAGCUCACUCUUCAGUCUCUUCUGGAAAUCAACAAAAACAGGAUUUAUGAUGAAACUGUUGAAUCACUGGAGAAAAUACCAUGGUGCUUUCUCAGGAAACUCUUUCAAAUCAACACAGAAUGCAGAAACUGCACACAAUUAUCAAACAAUGAUGAUGAGGAGGACGAAAACAGUGAUCCAUUUGACUUUGACCUGGUCACUGCAGAUGACUCUGCAGACAACAAGGUUAAUCCUCUCGACCUCAUAGUCGCACUCUUUCUUUGUGCUGACAGCUUCUUGCAACAGGAAAUGGCCCUCAAGAUGUCAAUGUGCCAGUUUUCUGUCCCACUGCUGUUGCCUCAUGGUGAUAACAGUCAGUGUUCACUGAUGCUGUGGGCUCUGAGAGACAUCGUCAAAGAGUGGCGUCCACAUGAUUUGUCUGAAUCAAAAGGAUUUGUUGAAGACAAUAUUGUCCAAGCAAAUAUACCAUUCUUUACCUUUGUGAGGCUGAAAAACUGUAGUUUGUCCAAGUCACAGGUUUUGAAUCAUGUUCUCAGCAGCGGUCAACAGAAUCACAACAUCUUCAUACACAGAGAUAUGGAAGGAGGAGAACUUAAAAGAGAAAUUGCCAAUGGUUUGGUCGAGGUUUGCUGGUACCUUCCCUGUGGCAAAGAAAAUCUUGACAUAUUUCCAGAACCAGUUGCCUUUGCCAAUUUGAGAGGAGACAUUUGUGAGUCACUCGCACAAUUCAAGUUUCUUUUUCAAGUGUCAACUGCUACCUUUGUGUUCCUGGACAAAGUUGAAGAAAAUGAGCACAAGAUUCUGACUUCUCUUCAAGAUGUGAAAUCCAAACUCUUCUUGAUUGUUAAUCGCAAGGACAACGCCAGAGAGGACAUGAUGUCUGUCCAGACAACACUGAAAGAGUUAGAGCUACCAAACAGCAGUGUGAAAAUCAAAGACUCAAAGGUAAAUGUUGCAGAGUUCUUAAAGAAACUUUGUGCAGCCAUCAAGACCUCACUGCCAGAAGAAACACCCACAAUGAACAUUGUCAAUAUGGUUGAAAUAGCUGUUGAAUUUGGUCUAUCUGUGGAUGAAAACUCAAGUGAAAAACAAAAGAAAGCAGUUGAGGAGAUUGUGAAAGGAAUUGGGGAGCAGAGUGUACCAGACUACAAGAAACAACAACUUCCUUUUCAGGGAGUUAAGUGGAAAAGAUUAUCGGAGUUAGAGAUGGAGGAGUGUAAAUUGAAAUCUGGAGACUCAAGCCCUGAAGAGUAUAAAUCCCAGCUACAGGCAGAAAAACAAAAAAUUAGGGAGGAGCAAAGCAAACAAAAACUGUCCAAAGGAAUGAAGAGUUUUAUUAAAACCUUAUCCACAAGUGACAAAGAAGAAAGAGAUUUUUUUCUUAAGUGGAUGAAACUCAAGUUUAACACACAUUCACGGAGGAAACUGUCUGAGCUGCGCAACAAAUUCAAAGAGCAAUGCAAGAAGAAAGAUAAAAAUCUCACUGCAGAGUCACAACAGGCUUUGAUGGAGAGUUCUUUAGGAGUAGAGCAUUACAUGAGAGAGAUGGGACUCAUCUAUGAGUUCUCAAUUUCUGGCUCAAGAAACACUGCUGAUGAAAUAUCUCGUCUCCCUGGUUUGGCAGCUGAAAUGCUGUUGGAUGGAUAUCCUUUAGAGCUCUUGGAUGGAGAUGCUUCCAACAUCCCAGAGAGAUGGGUGACAGAUGUGCUGAUGGAGCUUCACAAGAAGGUUGGAGGGAAGAGCAGACUGUUAGUACUGAGUGUGCUUGGUGUUCAAAGUACAGGGAAGUCAACACUCCUCAACACCAUGUUUGGUGUGCAGUUUCCUGUCAGCAGCGGCAGAUGCACAAGAGGAGCUUAUAUGCUUUUCCUCAAAGUUGGAGAGGAUAUGAAACAUGAGUUGAAUUAUGAAUUUAUAGUUCUCAUUGACACAGAGGGUCUAAAAUCUCCUGAUUUGGCAGAACUAGAGGAAAGUUAUGAGCAUGACAACCAGCUGGCAACCUUUGUGAUUGGUUUAAGUGAUGUCACCAUUAUCAACCUCGCAAUGGAAAAUGCAACAGAAAUGAAAGACAUCCUGCAAAUUGCAGUUCACGCCUUCUUGAGAAUGAAGGAAAUUGGUAAAAAGCCAGUUUGUCAUUUCGUGCAUCAAAAUGUUUCUGGAGUUUCAGCUCAUGAAAAUACCGUAACAGAUAGAAAGAAGCUCUGGGACCAGCUCAAUAAAAUGACAAAAAUUGCAGCUGAAAUGGAAAAGAAGACUUCUAUUACAGCAUUCACAGAUGUGCUGGACUAUGACAUGGACAAAAACCACUGGAACAUCCCAGGACUCUGGCAAGGAACCCCUCCGAUGGCAGCAGUGAACACAGGUUACAGUGAAGCUGUAGCAGAUUUCAAGAAAAAUCUUUUGGCAACAGUGAAAACAGACCAAAGCAAUGACGUCUCACAGAUCCCAGAGUUUCUAGAAUGGAUCAGAAGUCUCUGGAAAGCAGUGAAAUAUGAGAACUUCAUCUUUAGUUUCAGAAACACUCUUGUGGCUCAGGCCUACGACAACCUUUGCAAAGAGUUCAGUCAAUGGGAAGGGGAGUUCGGAGAAGAAAUCCUCUCCUGGCAAACAGAAGCAGAGAUGGAAAUCUUAAAUUCUGAAAAUGAAUCUGAUAUUCAAACUUGGAGCAUUUUGGUUGAUUCAAAAAAAUCAGAGGCGUCAGAAAAAAUAAAAUCUGAAGAAAGAAAAAUUAAGGAGAAACUUACAAACUACUACAAAAAGAAAGACCAGAAUGUAAAUCUGAUAGAAAAAUACAAAAGUGACUUUUUCAACAGCAUCAGUAGUCUCGCAAAGGAAAUCAGUGAUUCAGUGAAGAAUAAAUUGGAUUGUGUCCUUGAGCUGAAAAAAAGUAAAAAAAAAGUUGAGGACAUUCAGACUGAAUGCAGAGGUAAGAUUGAAGGCGAGGUCAAGAAGCUCCUGAGUGCCUGUAAAAACUCCAAACUGUCUGAUGAACAGCUGACACAUGAGUUUGAAAAGAUGUGGACCGAUGUGACUAGAAAUGUGUCUGGACAAGAAGUUUUAUUCUUGUCAGAUAAUGAUCUUGAAAUUCAGCUGCAGAAGUACAAGACUCAGUACUUGUUAGAUUUUCUUGAUUUAUACAAAGAGAGAGAUGAUUGUCAGCGCAAAGCAAAGACUUUUGUCCAGUUUUGUAUCAAACCUGCUGUGGAAGAGUACAUCAACAGAUCUCUGGGAAUAAACAUUGUGGAUGAAAUUUUGAUAAGUUGUCAUUCAGCAGAGUUCAGUUCCCGCUCCUUUUUCCAGUACAACAUUCAGGAAGAGUUGCUGCAAAAGGACGACUUUGACAGUUUUGUCAAGUACAUUUGUAACUAUGAAAUAUAUGUUAAAGAUUGGAUAUUUCAGCACAUCCAGCAACAAAUGUCAAAGAACAAAACUUUGUGCAAACUGAAACAAGAGAAUCUGAAGGUGAUAGUUCACAAAAUCACAAAAGCCUUAGAGCAGGCCACAAAAGGACCAGGUGGUGUUCAACUGCCAGACAACAAUGAAAGCAUCACAGAGCUCAUCAGCAACAUGCGGAAGUAUUUGAUUAAAGACAUCUCAAUUUCAGUGGAGAAUGAAAAAACCACCUUGUUUCAAAUCCAAAGCACAUGUCAUCCAUUUAUCAACAGCCUCAAAAUGUCAAUAAAAGACUUGAACAAACAGCUUCAGGAGGAAUUCUCAAAGUCUGAAAACAUCACUGAGACUCUGAACAAACUUCCAAUCAAACCACAGGAGGAGCUUUUCAAGCGAGUGUUUGGUUGUGGAAAACAAUGUCCAUUUUGUAAAGUUCCCUGUGAGGCUGGAGGCAAAGGACACGAGCAGCAUCAUGCAGCUGUUCAUCGGCCACAAGGUCUUGUUAGAUACAGUUAUGAUGACAGUGAUAAGCUGGUUGCAACACUGUGUACAACUGAUAUACAAAGUGAAUGUACAUUCAGAAACAGAGAUACUAAAGGAGAGUGGCAUCCUUACAAAGACUACACCAAGUACUAUCCAGACUGGCACAUUCCUCCAGAUCCCAGCAUGGAGGCAUCUGACUACUGGAAGUUUGUACUGGUAAAAUACAAUGACAGAUUUGCUCAAGAAUAUAAGGCCAAGCCAGCUGAUGUUCCAGAGGCCUGGAGGAGAAUCACAAAGGAACAAGCACUGAAGGGGUUAAAAGAUGCCUUCAACAUAAAGUGAACAACAUACAAAUGUCUUUAAA